AAAUGAAUCAGUGAGACAACAUUUUAAGUUUCCCAAAUUACCGUCAAUUCAUUAGAAGGUAUAUAUUUAAUUCAUAGCUAAGAUCCAAAAGUAUCUUGACUUAUAUGAUACACCACUGAAUGCUUACUAGUAUGUGUGCCUAGGUAAAUCAUUGGGAACUUGAAACACAUACAUGGGAGUUAGUACCUAGGCCAACCCUGCAAUCUUAAGUAACCCAUAAAGUGUAGCUGAACUACAUUUAAUCAUUUUAUCUUGAGUUCUGGGAUCUAGGAUGACAAUAAAAGCGAAAAUAAUUAAUUGCAUAGGGCAAGCUUGUCCAAUCCGAGGCCUGUGGUUGCAUGUAGCCCAGGAGGGCUUUGAAUGCGGCCCAACACAAAUGCGUAAACUUUCUUAAAACAUUAUGAGAUUAUUUUUGCGAUUUUUUUUUUAAAGCUCGUCAGCUAUCGUUAAUGUAUUUUUUGUGUGGCCCAAGACAAUUCUUCCAAUGUGGCUCAGGGAAGCCAAAAGAUUGUACACCCCUGACAUAGAGGCUCAUCCUUCCCUAAGUCAAAUUCUUGGUUGUUAUAAACCUUUUCAGUUUCAGCCUCUCGUGUACCCAUUUCACCCUUCUCUCAGGCCCCUGUACCUUCGAGCCAUACUCUCCUGAACUUGGAAUACUUCAGAGGCUCUAAGUGUAGUCUUUCUGUCCUCAGAGUUCCUAUUUUCGUUGUCCCCAUUUCACAUCUCAAUCUUUCAUCAACGUGCAUCAGAUCUUGUCUAGAUGUUAAGAGGAAAACAAUCUGGUGGAACUAAUUUACCUUAAUCUGUAAAUGACUCAUGAGCUCUUAACUCUUCCGAAGGUUUUUCACAUUUUUUGUAAGUCUGUAAGAGGUUGCUAUUAACUCAGAUAAUUUUAAAGUUAAAAUUGCAGUCCAUGUUGGGGGAAGGAAUUUCUAGUCUUAUGCAUAAAUAAGUCAGGCCUUACUAGGAUUUUGCCUUUGGUGUCUUCCCACUCCUGGAAGUGUGUGCAUAUGUGUAUUGCUAUAUAUGUUUGUGUAUGUGUAUCUAAUAAUGAUUCCCAUAGCAUGGAGGGGAGAAGAUGCAAGAAUAGUGAUUAUAAAUCCCUUUGAGUAUAUGGAUCAUUAAUGAGAUAGAUACUUGAUAACUUACACCGUGUUUAAUUUAUAGGAACAGAGAAGAAAAAGACCUAGGAUCUCAUGACUGAACUUGAAUUCUUAAAAGGUUAAACCCAUCCAGAGUAAUGGCUGCGGCCUUACCCAGGACCCUGGGGGAGUUGCAGCUGUAUAGAAUAUUACAAAAAGCCAAUCUGCUUUCUUAUUUUGAUGCCUUUAUCCAACAAGGUGGUGAUGAUGUCCAGCAACUCUGUGAAGCAGGAGAAGAGGAGUUUUUGGAAAUCAUGGCACUCGUGGGCAUGGCUAGCAAGCCCCUUCAUGUUAGAAGGCUGCAGAAGGCUUUGAGAGACUGGGUCACAAACCCUGGGCUUUUCAAUCAGCCACUGACUUCCCUUCCUGUCAGUAGCAUACCCAUCUAUAAAUUACCAGAGGGAUCACCAACAUGGCUGGGAAUAUCCUGCAGUAGUUAUGAAAGGAGUAGCAAUGCCCGGGAACCUCAUUUAAAAAUCCCCAAAUGUGCUGCCACCACCUGUGUGCAGAGCUUGGGACAGGGGAAGUCAGAUGUGGUCGGGAGCCUAGCACUGCAGAGUGUUGGUGAGUCCAGACUCUGGCAAGGCCACCAUGCCACUGAGAGUGAGCACAGCCUAUCCCCAGCAGACCUGGGCUCCCCCGCGUCCCCAAAGGAGAGCAGCGAGGCACUGGAUGCUGCUGCUGCGCUCUCUGUGGCCGAGUGUGUGGAGCGGAUGGCCCCCACAUUGCCAAAAAGUGACUUGAACGAAGUGAAAGAGCUGCUAAAAACCAACAAGAAGUUGGCCAAAAUGAUUGGUCACAUCUUUGAGAUGAACGAUGAUGAUCCACACAAAGAGGAGGAAAUUCGGAAAUACAGUGCAAUAUAUGGCAGAUUUGACUCAAAGAGGAAGGAUGGGAAACAUCUCACGCUUCAUGAGCUCACUGUUAAUGAAGCGGCUGCUCAACUCUGUGUGAAGGAUAAUGCCCUGCUGACAAGAAGAGAUGAGCUUUUUGCCUUGGCUCGACAGAUUUCUCGAGAAGUCACCUAUAAAUAUACUUACAGAACCACCAAGUCAAAAUGUGGAGAAAGAGAUGAAUUAUCCCCAAAGAGAAUUAAAGUGGAGGAUGGGUUUCCAGAUUUCCAGGAUUCUGUGCAAACGCUCUUCCAGCAGGCUAGAGCUAAGAGUGAAGAACUUGCAGCUCUUAGUUCACAGCAGCCUGAAAAGGUGAUGGCAAAGCAGAUGGAGUUCCUUUGCAACCAAGCUGGCUAUGAGAGACUGCAGCAUGCCGAGAGGAGGUUGUCUGCAGGGCUUUACAGGCAGAGCUCAGAAGAGCACAGUCCUAACGGCUUGACUUCUGAUAACUCAGAUGGACAAGGAGAAAGACCUUUGAAUCUCCGAAUGCCUAAUUUACAGAACAGACAACCCCAUCAUUUUGUGGUGGAUGGGGAGCUGAGCAGACUUUACCCCAGUGAGGCAAAGUCCCACUCAUCAGAGAGCCUUGGGAUUUUGAAAGACUACCCUCAUUCAGCUUUUACCUUAGAAAAGAAAGUCAUCAAAACAGAGCCUGAAGAUUCAAGAUAGCUGUGAUUUCUCUCACCGUUCUCUGGAAAUGGCAUCAGAUUUAAGGAUAAUACUCCAUCAUAGAAAUAAGCCUUAAUAACCAGUGUUGCCUCAUUCAGCUCAAACAGAUUUCAUAGCCAAAGCAAAAGGACUGGUACGGUAGUCUGCGGAAACCAGGAAGAUAAAACAACAGCCACAAAAGAGAAAAUCAAGAGUGUUGCAAUCUAUAACAGUAAUAUUGAUUCAUUCACAUUCCUGUGUUAAGUCAUUUUAUAUGGAAAGGCUUACAAAUCAAUAUUGUAAGCAUUCAUUAUUUAAGAAUGUACAAUGUAUUUGUGUAAUUUAUAGAAGUAAAAUCUAGAUGUUGAGACCUGUUUGGUCUAAUAGAUGUGGAUACAGUUUAUUUUACUUGAAAUUUUGUUGUCUACUUUGUGUGUUAAACGUAAAUAUAUGUCAGAGUUUAGAAUCUUUGCCUGCAGUUGUGAAAAAGAAAGCUUAAGUGAUGUAGUUAUUGGCAAGAUUGCAAUGAUUAUGGAAAACUAGAAAGCAAAUACUCAGUUUAAGCCAAGGAAAAUAUUGUGGAUUUAAUAUUUGAUAAAACUGAUUUUGUUUAACAGGAAAUUUUUAGCAUUCACUCAUAUAACAUCUGGUUAUCAAUGCACAUUUACACAAUAAAUACUUGAGUGGAGGAAAGUUAAGAAGAUGAGCAAUAGAGUAGAAUAUAUAUCUUAAACUAGUUGACCUAGAUUGUAUUAAUAGCUACUUAAGAUGUUUCAAAGAUAGGAAGCUAUUGCUUGGACAGAGAACUUGAAAUAAGUGGACCCAUGUAUAAAAGCUUUGACUUAAACAUUGAUAUUUCAGAAUGUGUUAAAUAGAUUAAGACAUAGUAAGUUAACCCUACAUGUUAUAAAGAUGGCGACUGUUAACAAAGGCUGUAACAGAUUAAGUACUAUUUUAUAUCCAGAAAGUCUUCUCUAUGUAGAGAAGUCAGACUAGAUGCUUUCACUAGGGAAUGUCUUCCCACCCAGCCAUCACAAGUGUGGACAAUCACUGCAUCCACAUCUGUAGGCAUAUUUCUAUGGAAGUUUAGGUGACAGCUAUAUUCAGUAUUUAUUUUAUGAUUUCAUUUUUCUACACCUUUGAGAUUUAUGAAUGCAGUUUUUUCUUAAAAUUUAUUUUAACUUGACAGUAUGUUUUUAGUUCCCCAGAUUUAAUUAAUGGACCAUGUGCAUAUAUAUGGGAGUGUGCUUACAUGUUAAUAAUGUACUUGCAUACUUAUGAGAAUUUCACAUUGGAAUUCAUAAUGGUAAAAAACAUACAUCUGCCAAUAUACGUUUUUUUCUGUUGGUUUAAGAGAAGAUAACUGACAGCUUUACCUACUUCCUACAGAUGCAUCUAAACCCAGAUAUUACUGAGAAGAGUGUAUUGACUCGAGUGUAAGAGAGUAUGUGUUUGUUUUUAGUUCUGCUCUAGAUCAUAACUGUAAAAAAUAUUAAGUCAUAAUCUGUUACACUAAAAUUUGUCAGCCAAAUGUUAGAUGAAAUGUCUGCACUGUAGUCUCAGAUCACUGUCACGUAUAUAAAUUGCUUCUUCAUUUUAAUUUGUAGAAGUACUUUACAGUAGGAAACACCAGUAAACAACUUUUAUACUGUUAAAAGGCUUUUUUCCCCUUCCUAAAUGUUUUAAUUAUACCAUAGUGUUUUGCUCACUGAAGAAGCUUCUUAUGGACCUUGCAACUUUGUUGCUAGCUUGAGGUUGAUUAUUGUGGUUGUAUUGUUCACUGUGUGUAGAAAUAGUAUGAGUACGAUUUCAAUAGACUGUUCAGUUUUUAAUAUUAGCCAUAGCACUGGUUAGUAUCUCAGUAGUUUCAUGAAACGUUUCCUGUAUUCUAAUCUAUUUUGAAACAUUUUUUUUUAAAUUGUGUCUUACAGUCAAGUUUGUAGAUUUUCAUAAGCCACAAUUUUAAAAGAUGCAGUAAUCUUCCAACUUCCAAUAUUUAUCCAUUCGUUGUGGACCCACAAAUUGCAUCUUUAAAUUCAUAAUAAGUUUCCUUAACUAUCUUAUGUUUCUAGUCUUUCAAGCUUAGUGAUAAGGUGGAAGCACAAGAAAAAUUUCAGUAGAAUACAGUUUUUAUUUUGUAAACACUAAUGUAUUAAACUUGCUAUACAUUAAAGCAAAUAAUAUAUAUUUUUAUUUGAAUUGUAUAUGUGAAUUGGAAGUUAUAACUAGUUGAUUUUUUCAUUUUGUUAGAGGUAUUUUCACUGAACAAGGUCAAUUGGUUACCUCAGUAUUACAGCCAAUGUAGUCCAAGGGACCAUUUCUCCCUGAGUCUCUUACACUUUAUUGUGCGAUGUCCACGUUUUUGUGACUCUUCAAGCUGUUGGUGAGGUGGGACGAAUGCACUUGCUUCCUGUGGCAAUAAAGAUUUUCUGUGCCUCACA